ACCUGUCUUUUCGUCAUGGAAGGUGGAUUUCCAAGUGAUGCUGUCCUCAGCAAAGUACAAAUUGCAUACUCGUGUGUUUUUUGUAACCACCAAAUCACUACGAGGGAUUGCAUUGAGCCAUCUUUUACGACAGUUUUCAUUCAAUCGAAACGAAAAUACGUGUACUUUCGGACCCUUCCCGUAAUUACCGGCACAGUUAGGAACGCAGCACUUUUAAGGCAUUUUGAAAACUUAGCUAAACAAUCGCGAGACACAAAAAUAAGUUUAAGACAUCAAUAAUUUUCAGAUUACAUAGCAUACAAAGAUACAUAAUAGAGGCUCAGAAUGUGAGGUUGCCACAUAUUCCAAUUUUGAAUAGAAUAUUAGACUUUAUAAGUGACAGAUUGAACUUAAUAUCGAAAAUGUAUUCUUGACAUACUGAGACAGAUCAGAAAGAAUAAUCACAUCAUCAC